GAUAUUGAUAUUGAAGCAAUGCUUGAGGCUCCUUACAAGAAGACUUGCCUAACGAUAUCUCACCUCUACUCCCAUGAAUUCACCUUUGAUUCCAGUGUGAACUGUCAAUCAUAAGGGCGAGAUGUGUGACAGAGGUGGCAUCAAGCUCUUACAGUCCCAACCCUCCAACGGAAAUGGGCGAAGAUCUCAGGAAUGGCAUCGGUCACAGGAAAUCGAUAGUGGCUGGCUGCUAGCAUGGCCACUUGGGGCUUAGGCAGAAAUAGAGCCAUGGUACUGACCAAAGGGACCAUAGAACGUGGAAUAAAACUCAAACCAGGACUUCAUUCAUGUUUUAUAGAAAUCCUAUUUAACCACUUCAACACUGUAAAUCUGGAUAACUUAAUACCUAACUAUAUAAGAACGUAAAAUUUAACAUGUUAAUAUGCAUUUUUAUUUUUGUAUCUUGAUGACUUAAUUGUAAGCAACAAAGUGGUUAAACACAUGCCCAUCUAAAUUUUUUUGUAGCCUUCCAUGUUGAACUAUAAAUAAGUAAUUAGUUUUAAAAUUGUUUUGUAUUUUCUUAUUCCUAUUCCCUUUACCCUUUGACAACUUGAAAUGUUACCACUUCGUCCUCAUGAUGUUCUUCUAUCAACCCUGCUUAGGAUGAGAACAAGUUGAGCAGUGCUAACGGCCAUGAAGAACGUAGCAAAAAACAAAGUUUCUGCCUCCUUGGAAAGCUCUACAUCUCCUUGUGAUUGGAGUGUGGGUUUCAAGAUUCCAGAAGGAGGAAAAAAAGCAAGAGCAGAAGUCGUAGUCAUGAACGAAAAAGAAGCAAAAGUAAGGAACGGAAGAGAAGUAGAGAUAGAGAAAGGAAAAAGAGUAAAAGCCGUGAAAGGAAACGAAGCAGAAGCAAAGAAAGGAGACGGAGCCGCUCCAGAAGCCGAGAUCGCAGAUUCAGAGGCCGCUACAGAAGUCCUUACUCCGGACCAAAAUUUAACAGUGCCAUCCGAGGAAAGAUUGGGUUGCCUCAUAGCAUCAAAUUAAGCAGACGACGCUCCCGAAGCAAAAGUCCAUUCAGAAAAGACAAGAGCCCUGUGAGGGAACCAAUUGAUAAUCUAACUCCUGAGGAAAGAGAUGCAAGGACAGUUUUCUGCAUGCAACUGGCAGCAAGAAUUCGUCCAAGGGAUUUGGAAGAGUUUUUCUCUACAGUAGGAAAGGUUCGAGAUGUAAGAAUGAUUUCUGAUAGAAAUUCAAGACGUUCCAAAGGAAUUGCUUACGUGGAGUUUGUUGAUGUUAGCUCAGUGCCUCUCGCAAUUGGAUUAACUGGCCAACGUGUUUUAGGAGUGCCAAUCAUAGUACAGGCAUCACAGGCAGAAAAAAACAGAGCUGCAGCAAUGGCAAACAAUCUACAAAAGGGAAGUGCUGGACCUAUGAGACUUUAUGUGGGCUCCUUGCACUUUAACAUAACAGAAGAUAUGCUUCGGGGGAUCUUUGAGCCUUUUGGAAGGAUUGAAAGUAUCCAGCUCAUGAUGGAUAGUGAAACAGGACGAUCCAAGGGAUAUGGAUUCAUUACAUUUUCUGAUUCAGAAUGUGCCAAGAAGGCUUUGGAACAACUUAAUGGAUUUGAGCUAGCAGGAAGACCAAUGAAAGUUGGUCAUGUUACUGAACGUACUGAUGCUUCCAGUGCUAGCUCAUUUUUGGACAGUGAUGAACUGGAAAGGACUGGAAUUGACUUGGGAACAACUGGUCGUCUCCAAUUAAUGGCAAGACUUGCAGAGGGUACAGGUUUGCAGAUCCCACCGGCAGCACAACAAGCUCUACAAAUGAGUGGUUCUUUGGCAUUUGGUGCUGUGGCAGAAUUCUCUUUUGUUAUAGAUUUGCAAACAAGACUUUCUCAACAGACUGAAGCUUCGGCUUUAGCUGCAGCUGCCUCUGUUCAACCACUUGCAACACAGUGUUUCCAACUCUCUAACAUGUUUAACCCUCAAACAGAAGAAGAAGUUGGAUGGGACACAGAGAUUAAGGAUGAUGUGAUUGAAGAAUGUAAUAAACAUGGAGGAGUCAUUCAUAUUUAUGUUGACAAAAAUUCAGCUCAGGGCAAUGUGUAUGUCAAGUGCCCAUCAAUUGCUGCAGCCAUUGCUGCUGUCAAUGCAUUGCAUGGCAGGUGGUUUGCUGGUAAAAUGAUAACAGCAGCAUAUGUACCUCUUCCAACUUAUCACAACCUCUUCCCUGACUCUAUGACAGCAACACAACUACUGGUUCCAAGUAGACGAUGAAGGAAGAUAUAGUCCCUUAUGUACAUAGCUUUUUUUCUUUCGAGAAUUCAUCUUGAGUUAUCUUUUAUUUAGAUAAAAAUAAAGAGGCAAGGGUCUACUGUCAUUUGUAUACAAUUCCUGUUACCUUGAAAAAUAAAAAUGUUGACAGGAAUGCAGUGUGCUCAUUCUCCCUAACUAGCAAAUCCCACUGUAUACAAAGCUGUCUCUUGUUCUGCCUUUUAAAUGUACAUGUAGAAAAUUACAUUAAGGAUCUAUAGGAAUAGCUCUGGGGGAUCAAAUGUGCUUAAUGUAAAAAGGCAGACAGGGAUUUAAUGUUUUUAAUGUUUCAGAAGCCUAACUUUUUACACAGCAGUUACAUUUCACAUUUCACUAAUGUUGAUAUUUGGCUAAUGGUUUAGCAGAGGAUUCUGGAAUACACAUUUAGUGUAUGGGAAUUCAAGACAGCUAAAGGGCUGUUCGAUUAACAUCUCAUCUUACAUUCUGAUCAGUUGGCAAGAAAAGAUUUAAAAAUAUAUUUCUUGAUGGUAUCUUUUCAAUUAAUGUAUUCUGUAAAAGUUUCUUUGUAAAUAUUAUGUGUUCUGGUGUGUCUAAGAUUCCAAACAAAAUGAUCCCUGCAUUUCCUCAAGAUGUUUAGCGACAGUCUGGUAAGCAAAGCAGUCUGAACAAGAACUAGGAAAUGCGGAAAUAGGUUUUGUCUGGUUGCAUAUAAUCUUUGCUCUUUUUAAGCUCUGUGAGCUCUGAAAUAUAUUUUUGGGUUACUUCAGUGUGUUUGACAAGACAGCUUGAUAUUUCUAUCAAACAAAUGACUUUCAUAUUGCAACAAUCUUUGUAAGAAUCACUCAAAUAAAAUUCUCUUUAAAAGGC